GUCACGUGGCACAACACAGGAUGCUCGCUGUGCGGGAGCCAGACUCGGAGAUGAUGCAGGGUUUGCAGCAGCAUUCCAGCCAGGAGCCGAGACCCCUGUCACCUCGAGAUUCUGGACUCACAGUGAACUCGGGACUUCUGGCUCAGAAACAAGGCAGCUCACCUAAUGAACCACAAUGCAAUGCCUUCCCAUUGUUGCCAUUCAGGUGCAGUAGCAAAAUAGAAAGAAUGCCAUUGCCGUGCACACCUUUGACUGCAAGCGGGAGAAUUAGCGGGACGUCAAGAAUUUUCACGUCAACGCCAUUAUUACUUCCGAAAGUGAGUCAGGCUGUCAUCCCACUUUCGGUCAACCAGUGUGGUCAACGCAUUAAUCCUCUACAUCCACCGGGGGUGAAGCGACGGACAGUCAGCCUGGAAACCUUUGCAGCUCAUCACCAUAAUCAACAAAGGGCUGUGGUGAUGCGACAGAAGGAGUAUAACAGGUAUCACCAGAGUUGGCAGCGUCCAUUUUAUGGAUCUAUAGCUGAGAAGGAGGAAUAUAGGCGUGAGAUCAGGCAGCUGUUAAAAUGGCAGAUGAACCAGCAGUGGGAGUCUCAGCGCUAUGCCCUGUUCAAUCGGGCCAAAGAGGGAGAAGCAGCACGUGAGGCAGAAAGACAAGCAACCCUUCAGGAUUUGGAAAAGCAGAGCACACGUUCCCGUUUUCUUCAAGCGUUCCGGGAUGAAAACAAAAAGCUGAUGGAAAUUCAGUGGAAGGAGAAGAGAUUAGCAAAGUCCCUGGAUUCUCUACGAGAGCGUGAGCUGCUACAAUAUAACCCAAUCAACUGGAGCUGUACACUGAAAUAGAUUCUCAGCCCUCAAUUUAACUGUGUCACUCACAACAAAAAAAAGACACAAGUUGUGAUGUUUUCUCAAUAAAGAUUAAUUUUACACA